UUUCAUGCUUAGAAAUUAGGUGAAUGAAAUUUGGUUUCAAUAUUGGUUACUGGUCAGAACAAUUAUUGGGUGCUGGGUUUUGUUCUGUUUGGACAUCUUCAGAGUCUGUGGGUCCCGGUCAGGCUUCUGAAGAACAUUUUGUGAUUUGUUUGGUACCGAAUUUUACUUUAUGAUUUCAUUAGUUGGUAGCUCUUGCAUUGGCUGUUUGUGGGUGUUGACGAAAAAGUUGAGAAAAUUAUUGUACAAACAAGAUUCUGUAGUGUAACUGUGCUGCUCCAGUACUUAUAGAUAGUUUUCAUCUGUACCCUUCUACAUCAAUAGGCUUAUAACUUGAGGCCCUCUUUGACGUGUAUGCAAAAAAUGAUUUAACCUUUGACCUAUAGGCUUCUGUAACUGUACUGCUCAGUGCUAGAGGUCUCUGUAACUUGUGCAUAAGAAAAAUUCAGUCCAGUUGUUUAAAAAUAAUAAUAAUUCUGUGACAUCAUUCCUUCAUUCUACAAUCUUGAUAUGCAAAGUAAUUAAUAUUAUCUGAAUGAAUCUGUUUAGGUCCAGAGGUUGUAUUAUUGUCGAAUUCUGUGGACAUCUUGAAGAAUUGUUUUUGUCUCUUUCUUUCACUCAUGUCAUGGCUGCCUGAGCUUAUGUGUGAGUCGCCCCAAGAGGAAUAAAGUGCAACGGUUAUGGAGGGAGGAUACCGUGGGACUAAUGACUCUGAACUCAGACGAAGUGUAUCAAAUGAUCGAACAAGCAGUGCCACUUCUUCUUUAAGGAGGCGUUCUUUAAGUUUAUCAGGUGCUCAGCCUUCCCAAAUAGAUGAUGACAUUGAAAGUGAGCGUGUUUCAGAGGCGGGAGAUAUAGGGGAUCGGGCUCUUCACAGCAACAGGCACAGUGAGAGUGGCAGCAUCCGCUUGUUGCCUUCAGAUGAUAUUCAACUGCAAUCCUAUGGGUUCUGGUGUCGUGAUCUGGUUACAUCCACUGCAAUAUCCCCUGUCUCACCUUUGCCAGAGGAAAUCAUUUCUCCUCUUUCCACUGAUGCAGUCGUAUGCCAUGAGGACAAAAAUCAAGAAACUACAACAAAGUUGCCAAAAUUGUUGGAGUAUGGUUCAUGUAUGACUCAUUUAGCCGUUUUUGGCAUUCUUGGGGUGUUAACGAGAUAUCUGCUGCAAAAGUUGUUUGGCCCUGGAGUUGUUGGUGUAACAAGCAACCAAACCAUUCUCUACCUCGACCUUCCUUCUAAUAUGGUUGGUUCUUUCUUGAUGGGGUGGUUUGGUGUUGUUUUCAAAGGAGAUAUUUCAUAUGUGUCAGAUCAUUUGGCCAUUGGAUUAACAACUGGUUACUUGGGAAGCCUUACAACUUUCAGUGGGUGGAACCAGAAAAUGCUCGAACUCAGUGUUGAAGGCCAUUGGGUUUUUGUUCUGCUGGGUUUCUUAAUAGGUCUGUUUCUUGCGGCCUACUCCAUCAUUGUUGGGGUAGAGACAGCUAAGGGUUUUAGGCAGCUUCUUGAAAGGAGUUCAGGAUGUGGUAUAACUAGCUCUGGCAUGAGCUGGAGGGUUGACAGUCACAAGCGUCACUUGGUAGUUUUAGCUGUGUUUUCGCUGAUGCUAAUUUCUCUAUGGAGUGUAAGUGGAGUAUUGCUAAGGGAGGAGUUUAGCAGUGACAGCAGUGAGGCGCAACUAUGGUUGGCUUGCAUAGUUGGACCUCUAGGUGUCUGGAUCAGGUGGUUCUUAGCCAGGCUUAAUGGACGUGGAUUAGGCAGGAUGGGGUUGUUGAAAUGGUUUCCAUUUGGUACUCUAAUAGCUAAUGUUUCUGCAGCUUGUGUCAUGGCAGCUCUGUCUACUGUGAAGAAAGAGGUGGAUACUAAGACGUGUGAUAUUGUUGCAACAGGCAUACAAUUUGGAUUGCUGGGCUGCCUGAGUACCGUUUCUACCUUCAUUGCUGAGUUCAAUGCAAUGAGAGAAAGCAAAUACCCCUGGAGAGCAUACACAUAUGCCAUGGUUACGAUAUGUACCUCGUUUGGUUUGGGGACCCUGAUAUAUUCUGUACCUGUUUGGACAAAGGGAUACAAGUAGCAUGCUCGGGACAGCCUUUUGAUGAUUCUUCUUCUGCAAUGCAACCUUCAUUGCUGAGUUCAAUGCAAUGAGAGAAAGCAAAUACCCCUGGAGAGCAUACACAUAUUCCAUGGUUACGAUAUGUACCUCGUUUGGUUUGGGGACCCUGAUAUAUUCUGUACCUGUUUGGACAAAGGGAUACAAGUAGCAUGCUCGGGACAGCCUUACGAUAUGUUAUCCUACUUGGAUCCAAUUUUAUAAACUCAAAAACAGAUUUAGUCCAAAAACUUGUUUCGUAGGUCCAUUUUUAAAAACCUAAACCCAAUAAAAUUUCAAAAA